AAAAACUUGAACAUUUGUUAAACUUCCUGACUAUACACUUGGAAGUCAGCCUUACCUCCAAGCCUUCGUAUACAGCCACCGCAUAGGUAACUAUUGCUCUGAUGUAUAAUACUGGCUCCUCCGACAACAUAAACCAGCUCUAUGCAUCUAUUGAGGAAUUUGAUGGCGAUAUUGAUCGCCUGAUUGAUAACUGGCAAGCUCUCUAUCCUUCGGUGAAACACCAGCUUGAGACAGCGGAUGAGUUGAAUUUGAUGAAUAGCUUUGCCGAAAUUUUACUUGAUAGCGGAAAGCUUGAAUUGGCUACAUCAGUGGAUGAACAUAUCCACGAGAUACUGGAAUCUGAUACGGAAAGCGAGUUAGAUGAAGGGAACCGCCAACGUUUGUACUCUCUCAUAAAUGGGAGAUGGGGCGGCCAUGCAAACUCGCCGACAGCAAUCAAUUCUAGCCCGGAUAUUUUUCCGAUUAGCUCACAGUAUAGCACAACUUUCUUACGCAGUGAUGAAAUACCAAGGAGUUGUACACCAAUAGCAAACCCAUAUCUCUCGCAGAAUAACUCGGCUUUCUCACGCAUAGAUGAAAUUCCAAGAAGCUGGGCGCCAAAACCAAAUCCAGGGCCCGUGGUUAGACCAGAUCCAGCUCCGGCAUAUAACAGCCAAAACAGGAUAAAACCUGGACCAGGACAACUAUCGCGACUAAGACACAGUCACUUAGAUUAUACAUCUGAUCCUAUUAAAAAGAUCGAAUUAUCCGAAAGGACAAUAAAUGAACGCUCUUUACCGCCUCGAGAGAGUCCACAACCUAGAUCCACAACAAUCCAAGCCGGCAGUGCGGCUCAAGAAAAUACAUCGAUUGCCCCAUUAUUAGGACAGAACUAUGAUCCAUCUUUUGGAUCUAAACCGCAGAGCGAGGCGGGUCUUUGGCAAACAUAUCUAGAGAAUAGGACGCAUAAGUUCAUGUAUGGCAAAGACGAACGAUUCUUCGGCACAAACAGCAUCGAGGGCCCGGCGUACGAGCCUGUUAAAAUCGCAAUCCUCGAUUCUGAUAUUUCCCCACAACAUCUAAGACCAUUCAGAAUGCGAGUUAAAGCCAGAGAGAACUUUGCUGGCGGGCAACAGAAUGCUGCCGACACCGACCACGGCACGACAGUUGCUGAAUUGGUGCUCAAAGCAUGUCCAACAUCACAUGUCUAUAUCGGGAGAGUUACCAAGCUAAACGCAGCUGGUCAAUCUACUGUUGAUGUCGAAGCUGCAGCAAAGGCAAUUGAAUUCGCAGCUGACCCAAAGGGGUGGGGAGUGGAUAUUAUCACCAUGUCUUUCGGCUGGACGCACGUCAAUAAGCGCAUUAGCGACGCUCUUUCUUUUGCCAAACAACAUAGAGUCCUCAUGUUUGCUUCCACAACAAACUACGGGUUCGCCGAAACAAAUAGCAUUCUCUAUCCAGGCCGCGCGCCAGAAGUAAUUUGUGUGGACGCCGCAGAAGACACUGGGCAGCUGGCGGGCUUUGCCAUUGAGGAUAUAAGCCAAGGGCGCAUCGAGAGAUUCUCGGCCCCAGGUCUAGGUAUCAUUAGUCCUGUUUCAGGUGAAGCUAUGGAUGGGAGCUCCUUUGCGUGCCCCAAAGCUGCAGGAAUUGCGGCAUUAGCAAUUGAAUUUACCAGGCAAUUUCCUCUAUGUGACAGCAAGAGUGUGCAAGAAGCAGUUCAACAGCGCGAAGGAAUGGUAAAAAUUUUAAGGGAAAUGUCAAAACAAAAUUCUUCGUCAUCAUCCAAAUUUCUUUGUCCAUGGGAGCUUUUGGGUGAUGACGAUGGAGUUUACGGAGGCGAUGGGCAGCCUGGCAGCGAAAGAUACUUUGUUGCACAUCGCUUCGUCCGAAUUCUAAGGAAAGAGUAUGGGCCGCAUAUUGGAAGGGAAAUAUUUAAUAUAUAAAUUUGCAUUGGGUGUUUUCACGAAAACCACCAAUAAUUGUGAAUACGCGAAAUAUCGCGGUUCUGGAAAUGACCACCAUAAAAUCGUAUAGCUAAGGCUUCUUAAUAUAUGAAUGGAAAUAUGUUUCAUCUUGC